AUGAGGGAAAUAGCAAGUAACCUAUCCAAUCAGAAGGAAACAGCAAGAAACCUAUCUAUUCAGAAGGGAAUAGCAAGUAACCUAUCUAUACAGAAGGGAAUAGCAAGUAACCUAUCUAAUCAGAAAGAAACAGCAAGUAACCUAUCUAUACAGAAGGGAAUAGCAAGUAACCUACCUAUACAGAAGGGAAUAGCAAGUAACCUACCUAAUCAGAAAGAAACAGCAAGUAACCUAUCCAAUCAGAAGGAAACAGCAAGCAACCUAUCUAUUCAGAAGGGAAUAGCAAGUAACCUAUCUAUACAGAAGGGAAUAGCAAGUAAACUAUUUAUUCAAAGGGGAACAGCAAGUAACAUAUCCAAUCAGAAGGAAACAGCAAGCAACCUAUCUAUUCAGAAGGGAAUAGCAACAAGUAAUCUAUCUAUUCAGGGGGAAAUAGCAAGUAACCUAUCUAAUCAGAACGAAACGGCAAGUAACCUAUCUAUUCAGAAGGGAAUAGCAAGUAACCUAUCUAUACAGAAGGGAAUAGCAAGUAACCUAUCUAUACAGAAGGGAAAUAGCAAUGGGGGAACAGCAAGUAAGAUACCUAUCGAUAUAGAAGGAAUAGCAAGUAAUCUAUCUAUUCAGGGGGAAAUAGCAAGCAACCUAUCUAAUCAGAACGAAACGGCAAGUAACCUAUCCAAUCAGAAGGAAACAGCAAGUAACCUAUCUAUUCAGAAUGGAAAUAGCAAGAAACGGCAAACAACCUAUCUAUUCAGAAGGGAAAUAGCAAGUAACCUAUUUAAUCAGAGGGAAACAGCAAGAAACCUAUCUAUUCAGACGGGAAUAGCAAGUAACCUAUGUAUACAGAAGGGAAUAGCAAGUAACCUAUCUAAUCAGAAAGAAACAGCAUAUAACCUAUCCAAUCAGAAAGAAACGGCAAGCAACGUAUCUAUCAGAAGGGAAUAG